AUAAAUUCAAAUAUUAUUUUACCUUCAAAACUUCAAAAAAGAAAAAAAAAUUAAUUAAUUAUGCUUGUCACCAAAACCUUGACAUGUGUAGGAAUUCUGUUGGGUCUCUUUAACACAAUCGUAAUGGCGUUAGAUUGCCCUUGCCAGCAACUUAAGAUAAAAUGUAAAACGGCUUCCCCUACAAAUUGCAAGGCAGAGGUCAUCAAAGAUGUUUGUAAUUGCUGUAAUGUUUGUGCCAAAGUUGUAGGAGAAGUAUGUGGGGGGCCGUUUUUCAUAAAAGGUAAAUGUGCGAAAGGUUUGAUAUGCAUUUUCAAGAGUUACCAAGAACCUAUUCAAUCGGACGGAAAAUGUGUGCUAGGAUUCGCUAGAAACGUGGGUGACCCUUGCGGAGAUGCUUGGCAACAGGGAGCUUGUAAACCGGGUUUAUUAUGUUUGCAAAGUACGCCAGCAAAUAUCGGUAAAUGCGUGUUCCCCCCCAAUAUUCUAAGGAAGCGACUGUAAAAUUUUCGGCUAUUAUACUUCAAAUCUUCAAUAAUCCAAAUUAAUUUUAUGUUGCAAUGUGU